UUGCAAAGUGUUUUUUAAGGUUUUCCAAUUUUUUUUUUGAUCGUUCUACAAAACAGUGUACAAAGUGUUUUUUUUAAUGAAAUUAUUAAAAGCGUCUCUGGGUCGAUUGAUGUGGUACAAUAUAAUGCGCACAAUGAAAAUUGUAAAGAUAAAUGCCUGAAUUCACUUUCUUAUUUGGCAUAAUCAAUAGUAUCACUAAAAAGCUACCGCUGUAGGUUUAAGGCAAAUAAAUACAAUUGUAUUGCUCAGACGUCAUCUAAAUAGUGAAGUAGCGAUUUAUUAAGUAGUAUGUAAUUGUGUGCCAAUUGCUAAUUUGUAGAUUACAACCACUAUCGUUAUUGUCAUUGAGGGGUAAAAAGGCAGUAUAAAUAACAUCCGAACAUCCGUAAAAAUCGUUUUUUCGGAUUGGUCUGCCGCCCCCUGAGCUCCAAUCCAUAUAAAACAAGAUGAAAAAGAUAUUUUCUAAAUUCGAUAAAAAUGAAAAACUUGAAACACAUCACAGUUCGUCGACGAAGGAAGUCAACAGUUUUGUUGGGAAAGUUUUCACCGUGGGACGUGUCACUGUUACAAUAGAGGAUGUGCUGGCUGAAGGGGGAUUUGCAAUGGUUUUCCUCGCAAAAUCAAAUAUUGGAAAUACAAAAUAUGCUCUUAAGCGAAUGUACGUCAACAACGAGCACGACUUGAACGUUGCUAAAAGGGAAAUCCAAAUUGCAAGCAAUCUCAGUGGUCAUAAAAAUAUAAUUGGUUAUGUUGAUUCUAGCAUAACACACACUGGAAAUGGUGUGUACGAAGUCCUUUUAUUAAUGCCAUACUGUAGACAUCAUAUGCUGGCCAUGAUGAAUGCUCGUUUGCAGGUUGGUUUUACAGAGCAAGAAGUCUUGACCAUAUUCUGUGAUAUUGCAGAAGCAGUUUCAAGGCUUCAUUAUUGUCAAACACCAAUUAUACAUAGAGAUUUGAAGGUGGAAAACAUAUUGCAAAAUGACGCUGGUCAUUUUGUUUUGUGUGAUUUUGGUUCAGCUACGGCAAAAGUAUUGAAUCCGCAGCAACAUGGCGUUUCUACUGUAGAGGAGGAAAUUCAGAAAUAUACAACACUUUCGUAUAGAGCUCCGGAAAUGAUUGAUUUAUUCAGUGGAAAGAAUAUAACAACAAAGUCUGAUAUUUGGGCGCUUGGCUGCUUGUUGUACAAAUUGUGUUUCUUUAAUUUACCUUUUGGGGAAAGCACUUUAGCCAUACAAAAUGGAGCAUUCUCAAUACCAGACAAUUCAAAGUAUUCUAAGGGAAUUCACCAAUUGAUUAGAUUUAUGCUCGAAAUAGACUUGGAGAAGCGUCCAAAUAUAUGGCAAGUAUGCGACGUUGCAUUUCGUCUCAGCGGCAAAGAAAAUCCUGUACAGAAUUUGCAGAAAAUGCCCUCAGUAGUAAUUGAUCAGCUGCCUGUACCUACUUUCGAAAGUGAUGCUAAGCGAAUUUCUGCUUCUGCCAAAGCAGUAAAAUCCCAGACAGUAAAUAUAAUAGAGUCCGGUACUAGUGUGGCUCCUCGCCAAAGACCAAAGGGCUCAACAGCUGUCAACAUUCAGAAACCCUUGCCUUUAGGAUUACCUCCUAGUCCUUCUCCACGCAAUAACAUCACAUCUCCUCAUCCUCAACAGCCAAUUUCAGAACAGUUCCAAGUUAGCUUUCCUACUAUAACAACUGUAGUGCAAACAUCGGAAUCUUCAAGUACAGCUGUGUCAAAAAAUCCUAAUGAAAGUCAAGGAAACACUUCAAACAAUAUUCAAAAUCCACCUACCGAAGUAUUAAACAGCUUGUUUGACUCAUCAGGUUUUCCAGAUCCGUUUAGCGAAAAUUCUGACGCAAAGCAGACAUUAUCAGACAAGAGUAAGGAAAACGCUGAAGCACUAGACUCAAUGAAAAAUACUGCAUCAGCAGAAUCGUGUACCUCUAACAAAGUCGUUAACACAGCUGACCAAAUGCUCUCACCCCCAAAGAGUUCCCCAAAUAAUAAUGCCUCUGGUCAUCGCCGCAAUGUCAGCGAUACAUCUGCGUUUAACAAAACCUUUGCCAAUGAGACCUCACAAUUUCUUGCACCGUAUGACCAAUCUGUGAAAAGCCGUAGCGGUAGCGGGGGAGAGCCCACGGUGGCUACCAAUAACUAUAGCGGCUCAAAUCCAGGACUGUUUGUUGGACCUGCCUCCCAGUCAUCGGUUUCUAAUUCUGAGCUCACAUCAACCACGCAAACUACGCAAUUAAAUCGUUCCGCUCUUGGUGAAACUAUAUCCGCUCGGGUAGAUACCUGGAAUCCAUUUGAAGAGCAGCCAUUUAGUCAAAUGACGGAAGAUAAUAUAUUUGAGGCAGAAUUUGAUAAAAUACGUCAACGAGGAAGUCAAGGAAGUAUUAAUACUAAAUCAGCAUCAACUACUUCUACACUAACACCGACAGAAUCAAAUUUCAUGCCCGUUUCUUCCAACUCAGCUGGAAUACAGAAUACGGGUUCCAGCACAACAGCAACAAUUGCUACACCUUCGGUACAAGAAGAUCCUUUUGGUUCAGCCCCAUUUACGUUACCUCCCGGAUUAAAGGAGAAGGCAGCGUCGUUACGUAAAACAGGAGCUAACUUCUUCACGGCGGGCAGUAAUAUAUGUGGCGCAUACGGUCCGAAUGCCAUACACGGUGGUAGCACUGGUAAUGCUACCUCAUCUACAUCAUCAAAAUGGCUUUUGUCCCCCACCAUGGAGGUGUCAAGUGAAGAGAAGUCGUCAUUAAUUAACAAUCUAAAAUCAGAUUCUGAAGGUAGACGCCAAGACCAGGAUAAUUCUAUGGCGGCAACUUUGUCAGGAACGUCGAUGGCUUUUGUAAAAUUACCACUUGAUGAUCGUAAUAAAUAUGAAAAACUACGUUGCAAUGACAUGGCAACAUCAGAUGAUUCUGAUUCCGAAUUUUUUCAAGAAGACUGCAAUGUCGUUGGAAGCACUUCUAAAAAAGCAAUUUUUAAGCAGUUGGUGACGAGCAACAUUCCUGACACGAUUCACAAGAUACAGCAGGCUGCAUAUCAUAAAGUUGACAAGACACAAAUCAAAGUGCCAAUAGUGAAAAAGUUAAAAGAAAAAACAACGACUAAAAGGCCAUCCACUGCAGGUCUGCAAGCGGCUCAACAGGUUAAUGCUGUGCUAGAAAAACACGUGAUGCAACAAAAGCAAGCAGAAGCUAUGGCAGCUGCCGCUAAAUGCAACGAGGAUGAAGAUUCCAUUGGAUCCGCUUCUGACUUAAGAGCCGAAGACGAUGACUAUUUCGAUGAAAAUCGAGUUAAUCACUUAACCAGCAAUAAUACCAAAAUAAAACGCUCCGAAAUGGACGUAGAUGGUAUUAGUGAAAGUGUAAACACAUGCAAUUCUUCCGCGUAUCACGCAGAAUGUGAAUCCGUUACUACCCACGAGGAUGACAUAAGCCGAGUUGUUGUAAAAGUGCGCAUGCGAAAAAAGGAUAGAAGUUGUUAUGCCGCAGAGGUCGAGGUAGGGUCAACUGUCGCGUCCGAUAUAUCUGGAGUAGACUGCGAUCGGAGCGUAAAGAGGUCAACUUCGUGUGAAUUUCUUAAUAAAAUAGGCGACAAACCCUUGCUUCUGGAUGACGAAUUGGAUUACGGUUCGGAAGACUCCGACUCGAUUUCAAAAUCUAACACAACUCCAAAUAUAUUUAGUGGCACAAAUGCCGAUGACAAUAAUCGAGUCAAAAUUGAGGUAAAUCUGCAGGACAAAGAAGAACUUGACGUUUUUGCAAUGGCUCCAUUCACUAAGCCAGAAAUGUUGCCAUUUAAGAAGAAAAGUGGAGGGAAAAACGACAGCAGAAGAAAAUCACUAAACGCUGCCGAAACAGCGAUAUCUAAUUCAACACAAGAAAUAUGGACAUCAACACCUGUCAAAAAUGCAAAACAUUCCAAAAGCUUGUGCAUAUCCAAUAAAUCAGCAAAGAAACAAGAAGAUCCUCACGCUGUCGAAACAUUUAUGGAGCCAUUAUUUAAUCCAUUUAUGAGCUUUUCCGAAAAACACAAUGUAGAAAAAAUUACUGCUGCACCCAUUAAUAGCACAUCUAACUAUGGCACGGUAACAAUUGUAUCAAAAAAUUCUCCAAACGAACGAAUUUGCGAAUUUAAGGCAUGUGAUCUUUUCGAUUCAGAACCAUUCCCACAGAUAACUACAGAAAGCAAUAGAGUUGAUGCUUCUAAAACAUACUACAAUAAUUUUCAACCACAAGAACCAAUAUCACAACUUGUUACCGUUAACCGCUCCAUAAUUAUUAAUAGAACACCUGAACCUAAACAUCCUGAUCUAGAUGUUAUAUCGCCUAACGUUACAACACCAUUAUAUAGACCAAACCCAUGUGCAAAUAUUGAAGUAACCCAAGGUAAAACAUUAAAGAACAGUAUUACUGGAUCUGUCGAAGUUGAUGUGCAACCGCAUCAUAUAAUAGCAUGCUCUAGGGGCAACCAGCCAAUAUAUCCUAUCGCUGACAAGGCUUUUGUAAACAUUUCCCAAGAAUCAACUUCCGAUUUUAACCCUGAUGAUGAUGAGGAACCGGUUAUUGCUUCCUCCGAAGAAAUUUACGGAAGUGAAAUAAACAAAUCUAACGGAUGUGAAAUUCCAAAUACAAUGUCUCAUUCGAAAAUCAGAGACAAAAAACUAAGUUUAGUAGCACGAACAAUGCCUGUGAAACUUUCACAAAAAGUCAAAGGACAUUCUUACAAGAAAGUUUCUGCAAACUGUCUAUCGUCAACUCUAGCACAACCAGAUCUAGGAUCUACUUCUUCUUUAACCCUCAGCUCAUCAAAACCGACUCAGCAACAUCCGAAAUAUAAUACACAGGAAGAUUAUAACGAAGCAACAUUUAAAGCGGCGAUACCAUCGGUUAAUAAUCUCGCUGGCUCACGAAAACAAUUCAACUCUUCUUCUUCUUCUUUCCAAUCUAAUCUCAUUCAAAAUUCUGCCAAGACGGGGUUUAGUAAUAUGUCCUUUGAAGACUUUCCAUCCGAUCCAGAAAUGGAAGUCAUACCACAGAGAAAAGCCUUGCCUUUCGAAGUGGUGCGUAAUGACAAAACCCUUCUUGAGGCUGAAAAAAAAUUUGGUUCUCUAAAACGACGGAGCAAUCUGUUUUCCUAAGCACGUGGUUUGCAGUGAAUCUUGUCUAUGAAAAUAUGAUAAUAGUACACAUUUCCCAGCAAGAGUUGAAUCAUUUCCGGCUGAUCUGUGCCUGAAACACAUUUUCAGAUUUUCUGCUCUAACUAGCAGAAUUUAAAACAGUGAAUUGCACACAGAGUCAUAUUUUCUGCUUCUGAAUGAAAACUUACCGCAAUCAUGUUAAAAAAGAUUAAUAAUUGUAACUCCAUGCAAUCUUACAAUCAAAAUGGGAAAACGCUAUCAUACAACCACCAAAUAAAAUAAAAAAAGCAGAAUUUCGAAGAUAAUUUUGAAACAAAACGCAUAAGUGCAUAUCUAAAAUAUUAUGUGUUUAUUUUAAAGUAAAUUUGACGCAAAAUUUAUCAAUUAGAAAAUAUUAGCUGCUAUGCAUUUCAAGAGCCUUACAUCCUACCAUAUAAGUCAUAUUAAAACGAUUUCGUGCGUUUUCUACAUAUUAAUGAUAGUUUUAAACUGUCGGUUUUAUCUAUUCUCAGACGUAUUACCAUUCACUUUAUUAUAUAUAUUUUGAAAUGUUUAUAAAGAAAAUAAAAUUGUU